AUGGCCAGGCUACGCUCCCCCGGCUUUCACCCUCGCCGACCGUCGAGCUUCUUCCGCUACAUCGUGGUCGCCGCCCUCGUCAUAUUUGCCUUUUACAGUCUAAGUCGCAAAUCACAAGGCGCGUCACAAUCGCCUCUCUCCCACGACACGCCAGGUUCCAACCAGCCUCCCAAGAGCGGUCACACCGAUCCAAAUGCUCGCCCCGAACACCCGCCGGCUAAGGACGAGUCGAGUGGCAAGGGCUCGCACCCCAUUGACCAGCUCAUCAAUAAUGCCGAGCAGACUUUCUCUGAGCUCGUGGCCAAGGAGUCCAAGACUCUAGAGGAAGCUGCUCAGGCGUAUCGCCAGCGCCGUGGUCGCCACCCUCCGCCCGGAUUCGACGAGUGGUUCAAGUUUGCCCAGGAAAACGACGCCGUCAUUGUUGAGGACUUCUUCGAUCAAGUUUACCACGACCUCGCGCCAUUCUGGGGUGUGCCUCCGGAUAUCAUCCGCAAGGAGUCAUGGAGCUUCGAGAUGAAGAUCCACGUCAGGGAUCAGACGACGAACACUACUAGCGAUUGGUUCUGGACCCUCAUCUGGAAGGACAUGAUCGACUCCAUCGUCCAUUUGCUGCCCGACAUGGACAUUGCUCUAAAUGCCAUGGACGAACCCCGUCUAGUCGUUCCUUGGGAAGACAUCAAUAAGUACAUGGAAACCGCCUCCUCCACCUUUGGCCUACCCGCCCCCAAGGACGUCAAGUCCGUCUUCCAAAAACUCCCCAGGCCCGGCACCGGAGACAAAUCCACCAAGAUCCCAGCCAAGCAUUGGGAGGAGGAGAAGCCGUACUGGCCUAUUGUCCGUCGUGGUUGCCCCCCCGAGAGCCGUGCUCGCACAGCUGCAAUGCAGUCCAACUUUGAUCACCAGCCUACUAUCGAAUCUACCAACGCUCAAGACCACAUGUACAAGGGCUACGUCUCCAACUCGUCCCUAGCGACCGACUUGUGCCACCAACCUGACCUCCAAGGCUUGGAAGGCAUCAUCAUCAACCCCAUUUCUGUGGCAUCCACAAAGGUCCUGUUUCCCAUGUUCGGAGGUUCCAAGCUGGGCGUCAACAACGAAAUCUUGCUCCCCGCGCCCAUCUACUGGAAUGAGGAGGAGCGCUUUACAGGCGGCACAAACCGCGGUGGCCCCUGGAAGAAGAAGGGCGAUAAGGCUGUCUGGAGAGGCGUGGCUACGGGAGGCCAGAACAUGCCCGAUAACUGGCGUGGCUUCCACCGUCACCGCUUCAUGGCGAUGAACAACAGCACCAAGUUGGCGUUGGUCGAAUCUGGAAAGGGCAGGCUGGAGAACUUCGCCAUGCCGGAAGAGGAGUAUCAUGUGAGCGCCCAUGCCGAGGGAAGGAUGAGCGAAUGGGUCAGCGAGUGGUCGGACAUGGGCUUUAUUGAGCUCAUGUGUGCAUCCCAAACCGACGACGGCACGUGCUGGUACACCGACCUGUAUUUCCACCCGGUGGAGGGGCUGAAGAUGAAAGAGCAGUUCCGCUACAAGUACGUUCCCGACAUCGACGGAAACUCCUUUUCUGGACGCUACCUCGGCUUUCUGCGCUCGACUUCGCUCCCUAUCAAGGCGACCCUCUUCCGCGAGUGGCAUGACAGCCGUCUCGUGGCGUGGAAGCACUUUGUCCCCAUGGACAGCCGAUUCGGUGACUUUUACGGCAUCAUGGAGUAUUUCCUAGGCUACAAGGGCCGGAACGGCCACGACGCAGCAGCGGAGAAGAUGGCCUUGGAUGGCAAAGCGUGGGCGGAGAGGGUGCUCCGCAAGGAGGAUAUGCAGAUCUAUGUCCUGCGAUUGCUUCUCGAGUAUGCGAGGGUGCUGGACGACAACAGAGAGAUGCUGGGUUGGGUCGACGACGCGAUCAAAGACCCGUCGAUAAUGGACACUUGGCAGAGCUUCAGAAACUGA